UAGAAGGCGGGGGUGGGGAGUUGUUUGACACUUUGACGCGCGGCGGGGGUCGUGGAAUGUCCAAAGUGUUCGGCUAGCAUCAACUCAUGCGAACCUGCUGCUGCUGCUGCUUCAUCACCUCGCCGUCAAAGCGGGAGCGGUCGAAGCGGAACAUUCCCAAAGCGGAGCCAGACGAGCCAGCAACACAGGUGGACGUGAUUCUCGGGGUAUGACGACUCCAAACAAGGGAAGCAAGGCCCUAAAGGUGAAGCGGGAGCCGGGAGAAAAUGGCACCAGCCUGACGGACGACGAGCUGGUGAGCAUGUCGGUGCGCGAGCUGAACCAGCACCUACGAGGCCUGACCAAGGAGGAGAUCCUGCAGCUGAAGCAGCGGCGGCGCACGCUAAAGAACCGGGGCUACGCCGCCAGCUGCCGGGUGAAGCGUGUCACGCAGAAAGAGGAGCUGGAGAAGCAGAAAGCUCAGCUGCAGCAGGAAGUUGACAAGCUGGCCACGGAGAACGCCAGCAUGAAGGUAGAGCUGGACGCGCUGCGCUCCAAGUACGAGGCGCUGCAGAGCUUCGCCAGGACUGUGGCGCGCAAUCCCGUCGCCUCGGCCCGCGGGCCCGUGGCGUCGGUCAUCGGGCCCUUCAUCCCCGGUAAAGUGGCCGCCACCAGCGUCAUCACCAUCGUCAAAUCCAAAACGGAGGCGAGGUCCAAGUAGCGGGAAAGACCCCCAAAAAAUAGUCAGUGCGUUGUAACACGGCAUUCCAAUGGCAAUAUUCUUUUCGACAACCGGUGCAGCUAUCGUGGAGGUUUGCGAAGACCCGAUCGCUAUUUUUGUCUCUUAGCACUUCACAGCCAGUACAAUCCUCUCCUGAUCAUUUUGAAAGGUUUACAUGAAGCAUUCAAGCCGCUGCGAUGAUCAUGCACUGACUGCCUCGAGUAGAUUAAAAGGCAGAUUCUGCUUUUCUGUUCACUAUUUCAAACAGUUCCCAGGUGUCUUAACAACAGGUCUGUGACAUGCUCGAGUCGAAAUACCCCAAGGAUGACGAAUCAUAGCACAUAUUUCUGAAAAUAGCCUGUAAAGAGCCGGCGACUGCAUACCCGGGCCCCGAUCGCCGACAGAACCGAGGGCAAAGUCCAGCUCGUAACGACAACGAGAGCAGCAGUUCACGUGAUAGGCUGCAUCCGCUUAGCAGUUUGUUGCGCCCGGUCCGACUGAUCGAUCGAGUAGGUACUGAUUACUGGAGGCUAACGAUUGUGCGCCCAUCUGUUCGCCUUUUCGGACGUGGCUUGAAAAUGGCGGAUCUUCUCCCGGCCGAGCUUUCAAGUCAUGGGUGGAGAAACUUGUGGGUGAUUUAUUUUGUUUCUUUGAUUUACUGUAAAAUAGCAACUAUUACAUCACAGCGGGGUGGAAAUUGAGAUCAGCUCGCUCGGGCACGCAAAAAAAGGCACUUGGUUAAAUUUGACCUUUGGAUGGGUAAGAACUCUCUUUGUUAGAAAGUCAAUUUUCUGUAAUAUGUCCCCCUUUUGAAAAGACACAACUCAAAAACCGCAAGUGUGAAUUAUUGCGCCUCAAAUUUUCGGAUUCUUUUCCGCUCCUCGCCCCGCGACAGCAUUGAACUGAACCAGUCAUGGCCGAGACGACCGGUAGAUGCAAUAAUACGUGUAUGCACUGAAAAUACAACGAAAAGAGGAAAAAAGAUGCAAACUUUGAAUGUUCUUAAACGUUUAAUCUACUAGAGAAUAUAUGGUAGAGUUGUGGUUGUUUUUGUUUACAGGGCCAUCAGAUGCGUGUGGGUUUUUUUUUUGUUCUUGAAAGAAAUCUCACACAAGCUUUACUAUUUUAAUGGUUAAGAUGUGGAUAUUCUUUUGUCUUAAUGUGACUUUCAGUAUGGGUGGGAGAAAUCCUAAAACUCCCAAAGCACCAAAAUCAUUGAAACCACGAAUCUUUCGCCCAGUCGAGCUCGUGCACCCACGUCAUCAAAUCACGUGAUUUUGUUUACCUCGCCAUAUUGCAGGUCAAGCUAAGCAUUGCUCAAUGCUAAGUCGGUCGGAGAUGACACGGAAAUAUGUCUUGUAGCACGACGCCCAGACUCUUGCCCGAUACCGUCAGACAUUUAGAAGACAAUAAAUGACGGUACGUGGAAAAAUUAGAUGAACUCGGCAUAGAGGACCCGUAUUUCAUGCCGAAGUCGAUGUUUUCGGCGAUAAGAAAUUGGACUGUUUAUUCGCUUCCGCUUGUCUUGGACAACCGGAUCUACACGUGGAUCCGGUGAGUAAGUCGUCGAGAUUUACACGGAAAACUUUGAAAGCGUAGAAAAGUCUGGACGCAUACGAAUACUUUGUUGCUGGAUCUGUCGUCAUCAGGAAUAAAUCCCACAUAGUGACGCUUUUGACGGCUACUGAAAACGGAAGCGUGUUCGGCUACACGUUAACCUGUGCUGGAAUCCAUCGAUUUUUUUUUUUUUUUUUUUCUGCGAGUAUUCGAUACAGAUAGCAAUAUUUAAAUAAAUGACCCCGGUAUUACACAAAGUCACAAAAAAAGAGGACGAAGUCGUCUCCACGGGACGUACACGGAAGCGAUUGCGGCCACACGUUAACCUCUGUAAACCUCUGCGACAGUUUUUUUUUUAAAUAUGCAUUGUCCUCAAAUGAGCCAACUUGCCGUUAUAAAUACUUUUUGGUAAUUUGCGAUUGAGAAGAAUAAUUCCUACCUGAAAUGAAGCGAUCGCUACACAGGCGUGUGCGUAUUUUGGUUGGGCACCAUCCAUCACGUUUAAUUGCCAAAAUCCGAUCAAUAUUUUCUGGUCUUUUCAGCUGGUAUUCCAAAAAAUGAUCUAUUUGAAAAUCUCUCUCGUCUGUUGUGACAACCAACAGCACAACAGGUCUCGGGUAUUGUAAAUAUCCUCCUCCGGUUUAACGUCGCCCACAAUGUCGAGCAGCUCUGUUUGACCGGCAAUAUGGCGCCGUGAAAACGGUGACGUCACGUGCACGAGCUCGAUAGCUCAGUUGCCCAAGUUGUCAAACACCCAAAAAAAAAUAAAUAAAAAAAAAAUGGAGACAAAUUUGAACAGUUGCCUCGAGUUAAUCUUUGGACUUCCGAGACCUUGGUGAC